AUGGCCAGCAAUAUCAUCGGCAACAGAAACAGCACUCCCGAGGCUUCGAAAACCUCACUUCGGCCACCCAGUUCGCGUACGAUAGGUACCUCUGGCACGCAUACCCAGACAGUCCGUUCCUCGGCCGACAUGUCCUUCGCUUCUCCCCUCUCGGCGCGAUCUAUCCGUCCAGCCUCGGAGGUCCUCUAUAAUCAGCAAUCUCAGCAAGGUAGUCUGGACGACUCUAGCAGGCUGGGCGAGCAAUGGAUACAAGACAUCGAGCAAUAUGAGACAAUGUUGGAGGAGAUGGCAGCCGCGACAUUGGAUCAAGAUUUUAAGGAUGAGUUAAGUGCCAUCGAACAGUGGUUUCGGGUGUUGAGCGAGGCUGAGCGGACUGCGGCCACCUACGCGUUGAUCCAACAGACCACUCAGAUGCAGCAGCGCUUCUUUGCGCAGGUCCUCAACCAGAUGUCCAAGAGUCAUCCCAUCUCGGGUGUCUUGUCUCCCGCCAAUUUCGGCGAGAAGGAUGCCAUGUCGAGUCGGUUGAACGACGCCAUGUCGAAAUUGAACGUGGAUGACCGGCGAACGUCACUCGGCCGUCCUCCCCUCUCUCCUGCCGGGAACAAACGUAAUUCAGGCCUGGAUCAGUCGACCAUCCAUGCCAUGUUUCCGGAUGCCGUGGCUGCCAUUCAACAACAGAAAGCAGAAUAUGCCCAGCAAACUGGCAACCCACCGCCCUCCAAUCGAAACAGCACUGUCAUGGGAGAUCGUAGCUCGCUCAUUGCGCCGACUAUAUCUGCGCCUCGAGAAUCCAAGAGUGAUGUGAUGAGUUGGCGUCAAGGGGGUGACCACCAACAGCCUCCCAUUUCUCGUCCCAAGUCGUCGUCUGGGCAGCAACAACCGCCAGCGAUGGGACAUUUUGCGCAACCUCCAUUGUCGGGUGGGCUUCGAUCUCCCCGACCUAUGGGAGGGCAGUCUGGGAACAUUCAGAGCACGACUUUGACGGCAACAGAUCCUGUGGCGGGUGAUAUUCCCCUUCUGUCGCCGUACAAUGUGGGCAACCAGAGCUGGGCCUCGAUGAGUAACACUCCAAUGGUUCCAAACUUCAGUCAAGCUGCCACCCACAGUGACAUGGUCGCCAAUGCUACCGCCAUGAAACUGGCCGCACUCUCAACGGUCAACAACCGCAUUGCUUUGGACGACGCUAGGAAAUAUCGACGUGCAAGAUCCAUCGAGCCUCAACCCCAGAGCCAUUCAGCAAUGGCCCCAGGCUUGACGGCGUCCGGUAUCCCUGGGAUCAACACAAUCAUGGUCAAUGAUCAUGGUCAAAUCUUGAAUGCUCAACAAGUGGCAGCGAUCCAAGCACAACAAUUUGCCGCCGCACAAGGUCGACGGUCCCGUCCCAGUUCCCCCGGCCUUUCACUACAGACCCCCAUUGGCCAGACCAGUUUUGCGUCUCCCCAGCACAAUGGCUUCUUGGCAGCGUAUGAGGGCGCCCCGAUUAUGAUGGGAGCAGGGAUGGCAGGCCUCAUUCCUCAGCUAGGAUCUCUGGGCGAAGGGUACCUGUCGGAUCAUUCUGAAAUCACUCGCGGCCGCUCUCCUCGAGGCCGACGUGGCAGCUCCAAGCCUCCAGAAGACCCGACUGAUCCCAGCUUGCUCCAGGACAUCCCUGCAUGGUUGCGAUCUCUGAGGCUGCACAAGUACACGGACAAUCUGAAGGAUCUGAAAUGGGAUGACCUGGUUCAGCUGGACGAAAAGGGACUAGAGGCUCGCGGAGUGAAUGCGCUCGGUGCCCGCAACAAGAUGCUCAAGGUUUGUAUUUGGAGUAUCACCUUUACAGACACGUGCUGA